GUUAGAUGUGAGAGUGGAAGUCAACAGAGUGCAGUAUUGUAGGAAACAUGCAACAGUGUGUCGUUUUACUCAACCUACUCGCUGUCCUGAGCAUCCACAUGUGUGAUGCAAAAGGUGACCAAGGCGACUGCAUCCCCGUUGGGAAAUAUUGUGCUGCAAGCUUGACGAAGACGUGUUGUCCACCAAACGAGUGUCAAAUGACGGCUCCCAGGUCUGGGACGUGUGUGAAGUCAUGUUAUCAAUUGAAAGCACAAUGUCAGAAGAAUGAAGAAUGUUGCAGCAAGCUGUGUAUAGACGGGAAGUGUGGAGAUGCAAGUGAGUGCAUCGCCCUCGGACAAUCUUGUACUGCAAGUAUGGAGAAGAAGUUUUGUCCACCAUAUGAAUGCCAGAUGAGCACUCUUAGAUCUGGAACAUGCGUCCAUAAUUGUCUCAAGAUGAGUUCACCGUGUAAGACGAAUGAAGAGUGUUGCAGCAACAGAUGUUUCUAUGGUAAAUGUCUGGACAAGAAAACAUUCGGAGAGAAGUGAUGUUUGCAUUCCUAAGGUGUCUGGAUGAUUUCUUAUCUUUCGAAUACCUUGUAAACAUGUGUGUUACUCGAGACGAAGUUGGUCGGCUGAUAUUCUCAUAUCAUCUCAGUUGAUUGAUUCGUCUUCGAAUUCUCCUCACUUGUUUUCUCUCUCUCUCUCACUCUUUUUCUACCCCAUCUGUUUCAUUAAUUCCUUUUGUUGUUAUCAAAUUGUGAAGACUGUGUAUCUGUGUGAUGUAAUUUUUGAAAUAAUAUUUGUAUUCACCUA